CAUUGUUAAUCCGCUCCCUGCAAAACCCCACUCAUUUUACCAUGUUCUGCUCUUCCUGAUUCACUCUUUUGCUCUUGCUCCUCUGCCUUUCGACUUCUUCUGCUGAUUUUGCGUUGAAUUCAUCUAAGCCGUUCACUUUCGUGAUAGAGUCUAUCUUUUUACUCAGAGAAGCUCUCAGCUGAGAAGCUUUUAUAUUUGUGCAUCACUCAUGGAGGUUAAUGCGAGUCCGUUAGAGAAGAAAGAAGCAAAUGAAGUUGUCCUUAUGAUUUCAGGCGUUGAAUGUCAAAGCAGAGGUUCUUCACCAAAACCGAACACUGAGCCAAUAGAGCUUGAAAAUCCUCUGUCAAGUUCACAAAUCUCCAAUUUGACAAGCCCCUCUGCUAUGGAGCUCACUCAGUCGAUCCCGACUCCGAGUGAGCAUCGACUGAGUGAGCUUCUGAAUAUCCAGACCAGAAAGUCCAUCUCAAGCUCUACAAAUGAGAAGCUGAAAUCGAGAUCCAUGGAACCGCCGCAUCCUAGUGAUACAAGUGCUAGUGCAUCUAAGGGCGCUGUGGAACUGGCGCUGAGCAAGUCUCCAGUCAGUUCGGUUCCAUCACCGGCUGUAGAGGACGAAGACGAUGAGGAUGUGUGCGAGACUGUGAAUCCCAAGUCCCAGGUGAUGUCGGGCAGAAUGAAGUUUAUUUUGGCUCAGGUGGUCAUGUUUGUGUGCAUCACAGUGCUUCUGAUUGCAAGUUUAACCAUUCGUAAUCUGCGAAAUAUAGUUAUUUGGCAUGUGCAUUUGUGGGGAUGGUGUUUGCUGAUGUGGGCAAUCUUUUGUGGUAUGCUGGCGACAGAUUGGUUGAUCAAAUUAUUGAUUUUCUUGAUUGACAAGAAGUAUCUGCCUAAAAGAGGGUUUUUACUUUCUCUUUGCAUUAAAGGACAGUGCCGAGGUGUUGGCCUGGCUGUGUCUGGUCACUUUAGCCUGGGUUUUGCUGAUAAACCAUGGAGUGAAAUGCUCGAGACACACGACCAAGAUUCUGAACCGGGUCACGAGGGCGCUCGUUUCUUGUCUUGUAGGAGCUGCCUUAUGGCUGAUCAAAACGUUCCUCGUAGCAUGGCUUGCUGUUUCUUUUCAACACAAAAGAUUCUUUAAUCGCAUGCAAGAUUACUUCUUUCAACACUACGUGAUAAGGAAACUUUCUGGCCGCGCGGUUCCAGAGAUAAGUCUCAAAGUGAAUAUAGAGAUGAAAAUGGAUAAAGUUUCUCCUUGGAAGAUUAUAAAAUUUGCCGAUUCCCUAGAUGAGGCAGAGAGAGAAGAUAAGGAUAUCACCGAUGCACAAAAAGCCAAGGAUGCUGUUAAAGCUAUAAUCAAGAAAGUAGUCAAGCCAGGGAGCGAGUGAGAGCGCUAACUUCCUUAAACUCUCUUCUACUCUAGCAAAUGAUACUGUUGCUUCGAAGCUCCAGGAUUGGUGCAGUUGGUUGGGACUUCGGGGGGUUUCCAGCUGAGAAAAUAGAGUUUAACCUUUUGAAUUUCGCCAACUGCAUGCAAAUUGCUCUAGAUUUUGAGAAAUUUGCACAGGCCAAAGACUGGAUUUAAUAGUUCAUGGGGCUGCCUUUAGAUAGUCGGGUGUCCAACCCAUGCCCUUGGGUUAUUGAAAAAAAUCUCAUUGCUCCAGAGUGCGUCACUGACUCCUGUUUUCUGCUGUUUACUAGGUUUAUCGAGAAGGAUGACCUUUCGCGCUUCAUGCGGAAGGAACAAGUUGAGAAAUUAUUGGCUUUCUUUCCCGGAGCGAAAGAAACUGGGAAAAUCAGGAAGUUGUUUUUCAAGAUCUGGCUGGAGAAUGUCCAUCUUGAACGAAAAUCAGUCAUUCGCGCCUUCAAGGAUACGAAAACAUGCAUCGACACCCUGGACAAGCUUGGUUCAGCACUUUUUCUCGUCCUGAUCAUCAUUCUGGGGUUGCUUCUGACAGGAUUAUUGACAACGCCAGUGCAAAUCUUUAUUUCGUCGCAGCUUUUGCUUCUCGAGUUCAUUUUUGGGAACGCUGCCAAAGACUUGCUUGAAGCUAUCGUGUUUGUAUGCGCGAAGCAUCCGUUCGAUGUGGGCGACCGCUGUGAUGUCGAUGGGGUUGAGAUGGAGGUUGCCGUGAAGAAUAUCCUGACUACUGUCUUCCUGACAAACGACGGCGAAAAGAAAACUUACCCAAAUUCAGUUCUGGCCUCCAAACCCAUCAGCAAUUUCAACAGGAGCCCGCCCUUGAGCGAAUCUGUGGAGUUCAAGGUCGAUUUCUCUGCUUCAGACGAGAGCCUUGGAGCUUUGAAAGAUAAAAUACAAACGUACUUGGAUAGAAAUCCGAACCACUGGCAUCCGGAUCCCAGCGUUGUGGCCAAGGAGAUCCUGGACGGUGACCACUUGAAGAUGGUUCUCCACGUCACCCCCACGAUGAAUUUCCUAAAUGCCAGGGAAAGGGCGGCCCGGAGAUCCGACCUCGUGCUGGAGCUGAAGAAAAUCCUCGAAGAGCUCCAUCUCAAAGUGGCGCGUGCAUCCUCAGUAAUUAAUCUCAGUCAGACCGCGAUCGGCAGCCACUACUGUGCACGGUUUUGA